AUGGAUCCUAACAUGACAUUGGAUUACAACACCAGCUCGCUCCUCCUCCAGGAGACAACAACAACAACUGAAGCAUUAAGUGUUGUACGGAACACAACAAUCGCCAGCAACGCCUACGAGUGGCGUUUUGUACUGCCACCGUACUUCCUGAUCUUCUUGCUGUCGAUAUCGGGAAAUUGCCUGGUGAUAGCGACCCUAGCCAGCAAUCGGAGGAUGCGAACAGUUACCAACGUGUAUUUACUGAACCUGGCAAUAUCGGACUUUCUGCUCGGCGUUUUCUGCCUGCCUUUCACACUCGUCGGUCAAAUAUACAGGAGGUUCCUCUUCGGGGCUGCGCUCUGCAAACUUAUACCUUUUUUGCAAGCCGUUUCCGUUUCCGUAGAUGUCUGGACGCUUGUAGCUAUAUCUCUCGAGAGGUACUUCGCGAUAUGCCGGCCUCUCAAGUCCAGGAAAUGGCAGACUCAAUGCCACGCAUACAAGAUGAUAGCAACCGUAUGGAUACUCUCAAUAGCGCUCAAUUCCCCUAUACUGGUCGUCUCUACGCUUCAACCAAUGAGAGGAAAUGCAUUCAAAUGUAGAGAAGUUUGGACAAGCCUCGAGCUGGAGCGGGCCUUCAACCUCGGUUUGGACGCUGCUCUCCUGCUGAUUCCAUUUUUCAUCAUGUCCUUCGCAUAUUGCCUCAUCGUGACAAAGCUUUGGAGGGGAAUGAGACACGAGAUAAAACAUAACUUUAACUGGCAAAAAAAUUUGACGAAUGAAAAUGCCUGUAAAAACAACCACGUACUGGCCACCACGCCUAUAUUACAAGGCAACGAUUCUGAGCUUUGCUGCAGAAAUGGCUGCAAUCUGAAGAAAAUAACAAAGGAAACUGAAUCGAAACUGGAUGCCGAGAGGAAAACACAGACUUGCUGGGUGCAUACGGACUUUGAGUUUCGGCACGUGGUCCGAUCGACCCAUAUCGACAAAAGCAUCGAGGCUAAGCGAAAGGUCAUAAGGAUGUUGUUCGUGAUAAUAUUUGAGUUUUUCGUGUGCUGGACUCCGCUACAUGUCAUCAACACGAUUUAUCUUUUCUACCCCGAGGAGCUGUACCAGUACAUCGGCUCCAAGGGCAUCGUUAGUCUACAGUUACUGGCCUACUGUUCUUCCUGCUGCAAUCCCAUCACGUACUGCUUCAUGAACCGGAAGUUCCGACAGGCCUUCAUUGUCCUCUUCAAAAGCUGCAAAUUGCUGCGGUGCUGCUUCCCCCAGCAGGCGGAUGGAGCCAAGCAGGCGACUCCACCGCCAUCCAGUCAAGAGGUUACGGCGGCGUGCGUGAUCAGGGGCAGCCACGCUGGACGCACAGAGCUGGAUGGACUAGAAGGGGAGGAUUGUGUUUAGCAGCGGCUCGCAAAGCACUGCUUUGGGAAGCAGCGCGCACCCCGCCCUGCCCGCGCCCGCCGUCGCAAGGCCAGUCACUCAAGUUAUCGAGACAGGAGAGGAAGGGAGUCAAUUCCUGUAUCGCAUUACGUGGCCCCGGCCAGGGCAGUCGAAGGGCACCGGACCGACACAGCCUCUCUAUGAAUAAAACUCACGUUGGCUUGUCGGUGUGGAACUUCUUAAGUGUAAAUAUUAUAAUGUACAUAAUAACCUUCCCUGAGAGACACUAUAGUAAAAACUUUAAUAACAUUCGUUAUUAGUAGUGUUAUUGCUAAAUCUUUGAUGUGUAGUGAAGUGUUAUAAUUGUAUUCUAUUACAGACUAGCUUUUACCCCGACUUCGUAUUCGUGGAUUUGUUUAAGAUUUCAAAACACUGGUGACGCUUGCAAAACAUCACGUUCAUCCGUUGUAGCAAUUACAUAUCAAUUGCUUUAACGGUGAAGGAAAACAUCGUGAUGAAACCUGUAUGGGUGAGAG